GCUUUUGACAAUGUCCAUUGGUUACUGGCCAUUAACGUCUUUCUGAUUGGUGUUUAGAGACUCAGUCUCACCAGGAAGCAGUAAGACUAACAACUCCCAAGCGUGUUAUUUUGUAUUUAGUUCUUGUUUUAUAAUAACCGAUAAAUAGUGUUUAAGGUUUUUCUUAAAAAUGUCAUGCUACAUCUCAUGACUGUGCAACUCGGUCACAUUCGUUGUAACAAUAUAGUUGGCGUUCUCCGUUAGAAACAAGCGUGUGUAUGAACAGUGUGUGAGAUGCCUCCUGCAAGCAAACGGGCUAGAAAAGAGGACUCACCGCUGGAGUUGGCGUGUGAGUGGGGGUCCUGCCAAGACUCGUUCCAUCGGAUGCAGGAAUUCUGUGAACAUGUAGAGAGUCACCUCAAGGCGCUGGACAUAGAGGACGGGGACAAUUACUCAGUUGAGCACAGUUGUCUAUGGAAAGACUGUGGGUUCUGCUCUGUGGAGAGUGUGGUGGAGUUAAAGCGUCAUGUGUAUUUCCACUGUUACCACAUCAAGCUAAAACAGUGGGGUCAGGAGGUGCUCAAAACCAAACCCAUGCUUGGAACCUGCACCAUUGGCCUUCACAACCGCAACAUUGUGCCUGACAUCACAGACAACUUCACCUGCCAGUGGGACAAAUGUGAGCAACCAUCCCUGACCAACCCAGAGUGGUUUUAUCGGCAUGUGGAGAUGCACAGCAUGUGCGUGGACGUGCUAUCUUCUGACAAGGAUGCCUUGGUGCACUGCGGCUGGAAGGACUGCGAGGCCAUGUUUAAAGGCCGUUUCAAACUGCGGGAACACCUAAGGAGCCACACAGGAGAGAAGGUAGUGGCCUGCCCGAUCUGCGGAGGGAUGUUUGCAAACAAUACUAAGUUCUUUGACCACAUUCGUCGGCAGAUCACCAUGGAAGGUCAGAUGUUUCAGUGCUCACACUGCUCUAAGCGCUUUGCAACCGAGAGGCUACUGCGUGACCACAUGAGGAAUCACGUAAACCACUACAAGUGUCCUCUGUGUGACAUGACCUGUCCUUCCCCAUCCUCGCUGCGCAACCAUGUCAAAUUUCGCCAUAGCAACGAGAAGCCAUACAGCUGUGAAUACUGCGAGUACAGCUGUAAGAACCUGAUUGACCUUCGUAAACACCUGGACACCCACAGCGCAGAGCCGGCCUACCGCUGUACCAACUGUGACUACACCACCCGCUCACUACACUCUAUCAAGAGCCACUACAAAAAAUCACAUGAGGGAGACUUUGUGGCUCGCUACAAGUGUCAUGUGUGUGAGCAGUGUUUCACCCGAGGGAACAACCUCACCGCUCACCUCCGCAAGAAGCACCAGUUCAAAUGGCCCUCGGGACACCCCCGAUUCAGGUACAAGGAGCAUGAGGAUGGCUUCAUGCGCCUGCAGCUGAUCCGCUAUGAGAGUGUGGAGCUGACGGAGCAGCUAAUGAGAGAGAGACCGGAGGCGGAGGAAGGAGAGGAGGAGGUGUCCCAGACCGACAGCCCUGGUGAGGACGAAGAUGUCAGCGGGCCGGCAGCACCCCCCCCGGAGGUUCAGGUGGAGCUCAAAGGGGUGAUGUUGGACGAGGGUGGACCAGUGGAUGGAGGAGAGUCGGGGGAGGGCGUGUUGUAUGUUCUGAGCGCCAGCGAGCCGUCUGAGGUGGAGGAGGACGCUGUGAUGUUGCAACUACAGGAUACAGCCCAGCAGAUGGGCAUGCAGGUGGUGUGACGACGGCAACCCGUCGAAAAUAUACUGGUCAUCUCCUGGCCCUCUCUUCUGGCGCGCUGAGCAAAGGUCCAACGUGGCAGCACUACGACUGAGGGCAGGACCAGAGGGCUGCAACCCUGAAUCCGGGCCCCUGUCUGGGGGUAUGCCGAGUGUGAGGGAAGACAAACCUUUCAAGGAUUUGUCGAUUAGGGAACAACGUAUCUCCGGGACGAUAAACGGGAAAUUUGCGAUCUUGACCAUUUUUCUGGUGUUUUACUGAUACGUUUUUACGACAAGUAGCCUUUACUAAAGGAAUGUGAAUUUGAAAUUGUUUGCUGAGAUGUUGUUUUUUUGUUGGGAUAAUUGAUUGCGACAGUGAGAAAACCUACAAUGACAAAAGUGUUGUAGAAAAAGAAAUGUAUACUUUUGUUUAAAGUUAUCAAUUCUGGCAGUUUAUUGCACAGCUUGAGUGAAGAUUUGAAUUUACCAGCAGGACUGGCGUUGCCUCAUCCUCUCAUCAGUGCACAACCUGUGUCUCUGUCUUAUCUCUGUGAGAAUAUGUUGAGUUGACACAAGUAUUCCCUGGAGCAUGCUGGUAUUGUGUGUUCUCAGUCAACUUAACUGGUCAAAUAAGUGACACUUUUUUGUUUUGUUUAGAUUCUAAACUUAUAAGAGCGGUUUUAUUCAUUUUUGGUCCACCGUUUGGCUGUGACCCCGAUCCUUGCUGUGUUUUGCCAUGUUCAUUUUCUGAGCAAUGCUGAAGGGAUUCGACAGGGUUGUACGUGAGGUGAUCAACACGUUAACCGGCUAACAUGACCAAAUAUUCUGAUCAAGAUGUUCAUUUCAUUUUAUAUAUUAACCUGAAAUGGGCAAGGACCUAUUGACCCAAUCAAAAAUAAAUAUCUUAGUUACUUUCUUAUAACUUUCUUAUUGAACCUGAAAAUCGGUAGUAACUGAUUGUCAUUGAUCUUGUUUUGUAGUACAGGGAGUUUGAUUGGAAUUUUGUUUCAUUCUACGCAAUAAACUGGUUUUGAUUGGCCUGUA